GGCAUUGUCCGUGCCAUACCUGGAUUACUUACAGUUGAGAAACGCUUACCCAAUUAGGUGGACACAUUUCAAGCGAGGCUACGCGCGAAGCUGUACGGAGAAUGAAAAAAUUUAAGAAUUUCGUUUUGUCAGCCAUGGCUCUUACUCUUCUGUUAGUUGAAGGUGCGAGAAGCCUGGUGAUAGUGACUGGGACUACUUUCCCCAAUGGAAAUGUAGUAGGAGAGGCUGCAAGCCUCUCAUGCUCCUGGGACGCCUCUAUCUCGGAGGCAGUCGACCAGGUGACCUUCAAGAAAGGAGACACAACUUUGUUUCUGUGUGCCCCUGAUACAACAGGUAAACCAAGAAGGUGCACAGCAGUUCAUGCAACAGAAAGAUACACUGCUCAGCUGCUCUCAGAUAAACGGCUGAAUGUGUUUGUCGAGUCGUUGGAGCUUACUGAUAGUGGCACGUUUACUUGCCAAGUCGUCUCCAAUCAACAAAGAUGGCUCAAGAGCUUUGAACUUCACAUUGAACCGAAAGGCACCAACUCCAGUGACACUAACCCUAACACCACCACCAACAGCUCCGGCAACAACACCGCCGCCGUCGUAAGCAGUACCACCAGCGCCAGCAGCAACACAAAUAGCGAGACAUUAGGAGGAUGGACAUCGGUGUCGUCAAAUGUCCAUCCAGAAAACAAGGGAUUAACUGCCGGACAAAUAGCUGCCCUUGUGAUGGGCUCCGUUGCCGGUAUAGCAAUAUUUGGGAUCUUGAUUUUUUGUAUGUUGAAGGAAAAAAUAUUGGUGAAGGUUUCGCUACAGAAGCAGGUGUUGAAGGCAACAUAAAAGUUGAAGCCGACUAAAAUGCGAUUUCUUUUUAUUUUUUUAUUUUAUUGUUAAGAGCAGAGAGCAAA